UUCAGUGGUUGAUACGGAAAGAAACCUCAGUUUUUAAUUUGGAAGUGAUUCGGUUUUAUUCAUUUUAGCUGAAAAAUAUCCUGUGUAAAAUACUUCGUCGGCGAACGGUGAUUACCACCCAGAACGGUCAGAUGUUUUUUCAGUGCUGGUCACUUUCGUGAGUGAGAAAUUGAAGCAAGGAAAAGUGUGACCGAAUGGACAAUCAGUGCCCGUUGCGUUGUUGCAUAUUUCUUUUUAUCAGCUUCAUCGCGGUCGGAUUUCGGUGGAAGAUCACGCACUAACGAAGAGCAGCGGAAAGAAAACAGUCGACUGCGAAGAGUGACAGUAGUUUGCACGAAGUGUCAGAAGCAUCCGUGAAGAGGAGUCGGCGGCAUCGCUGGCCGUGUUGUCGGCUUGUUAGGUUCUGCAGCACUGGUCGAAAGGUUUUGAAAGAACGGCAGAAGCGGCAAAGCAGCAGUACGACAAAAACAAAGAGAGAGAAAGAGAGAUCGAAAAUCUCACGGCACGACACUGAGCAAGUAAGAGAGGCUUCUUGUCGAUGAGAGUACGCAACCAGAAAAAAGAAGAGGAAAUUCUAUGCAGCAGCAGUGCGAAGACGAAGGGUGAGAGCGCGAGGCAUUUUCUUGUGAAAAAGAAGCGAUUUUUCAGUUUGGAGGAUUUUCGGCCUGUGUGGUGCGUUUUCGGAGCUGAUCUCCCAAGACAAGGAAGAAGGAUCGAAACGUUCUGAUCCGAACGAGGCUGGUAAUAGGGAUUGUGGUUCUAGCGAAGAAGAAGCCAGCGAAAGAUCUACUACCGGAGGAUUGUUCUACUGCCUAGGCUGUGGCGAAGGCAGUCCCAAAGUUCUGCUACUGAGGAGAAGGAGGAGACAUUUUUUCGGCAUCCAAGGAUGGGAAUGGUGCGAAUUCUGUGCGAUUGAAGCUGAGCAAAAAUCAAGGGGAAAAAAGGAUUAGAAUGUGUAGCUCUCGUUGGAAUGGUUCGUUCCACAUCGUACGGUUAUCAAAAUGUAACUAAAACAGCCAUCAAUUGAGCAGUAAAUCACCAUCCAAGGUUUCGGAGAGCGUCAAUCUGGCUGGUGGCAUUUCGAUUGACUGCCACAAGUCGUUUAACAAUCAUCCAGAAAAGAGAAACAAUUCUGCUUUCGACGAACGAAAAGAAAACAAGCGCGGUAUCAGGACCCCGCAAAGUUAAUCUCAAGUCAAAACUGCCCCCCCCCCACACACACACACACACACAUAAGAGUUGUGCGAGUCUGAACCGACGACGGAUGCCGCAGUAGUAGUUAUUAUUUUAAAAGGAAUAUUUAUUUAUUUAUUUAGUUCUAUUUAUUCGCCCUACCUUCCCUAUCAAUCUUCCUACUAUUAUUAAGUUGAGACAUUGUGCUCAUAUGAAAUUCGCUGCUAGAAAGUAAAAGCUACGAAGCUGGCAACUUUUAAAGUGGUUUAAACACGAGAGUAAGCUUAAUGUCUACGAAGAAAAUGCAUCCGCCGGCAAUGGUACAUACGAAUGGACCGAUCGCCGUGAGCAAGGGUGGCAAUUUGAUAGCCACCGGGGGUGGAAAAGCGACUAAAGAUCGCCAAAAUGUAGAGAACAUUGUUCCGUCGUUCCACCAGAAUGGAUCCAAUGGCAAUGAGCCGCAAGCAAACGGCAAGAAAGUAAGCAAUAAAACAUCCACCACGGCUCAACCGGCGGCAGCUGCAGCAGCAGUAGCUCCAACACCUGCACCAGUAUCGGCGAAUGCGAUAAAGACUGUUCCGGCCAAUGUGGCACACGGAUCUUCAGUUAUAUCGACGCUGAACAGUGCCAAUCGAAGGAAAAGUAAUCGAACCAAUUCGCCCAACCGGAAGCGGCGGGAACAGCAGAACAUUUUCAAUAGCCUGAGGGCAUAUAAUGUGAAGAUUGUGCCGAGUGGGCAAACGGCCGGACAGGAGAAUCAUGGGAAAAGCGAAAAACAGUCCGCUGGAGGCGGGGUUUUGAACUCCGCCGGAAGUGGCACCAGCAGUAGUGAGGCCAGUAAAGCUAACAGUGAGAGAAGUAGCAGUGUCAGUAGUACGGCAACUUCGGGAAGUGUGUCGAGUAGCGUUAGCAGCAAUACUAGCAGUAAUAGUAGUAGUAAUAGUUUAAGUGAUAGUACUAAAGACAUUAACGGGCUGUUGAAGGGCAAGAAGCGAGCGGUGGCAACGUGUCCAACGGUAGUUCAUGUCAAGGAACCAAUAGCCACGGUUGUGGUAAUUGCCCAACAUGUGAAGAAAAAGGAAGAACCUGGCCAGCCGAAUGAAGCUAACGGUGAGGCGAAGCGCAAUUCGAAUACGCCGGUGAUAGGUGGCCUUAAUGGCACCGGCGGUUCCCACAGCAAGGGAGAGAAGAAGCUGUGGAGUGGAGGCUUCAGCACGAACCAUCGUCAUCCGGCAGCGACCAUUUCGUCAUCACAUUCAUCAUCCGCGGGAACCGUCAUUCCAUCGCCAUCGUUACCGUCCUCAGUCUCGCAUUCAUCUCAGACAUCUCCAGUAAUGUCGACAUCAUCGCCGGCAGUGCUAACAACAUCACCAACAAAUCAUUCGAGGCACAACACUCGGGCAGCCAACGCUGGCAAGGUGCUACUGCCGAACGUGAACCCCAUGUCCGGAACGCCACUGGAUCCGAUUGCGAUGCUCCAGGGGAAACUGCGGAACUCGAUUAUCGGGCCGCAGCAACAGCCGCAUCAUAUUUCCCAUCAUCAUUCCACUCAUUCGCACCUGCCGGGACAAGGCCAGCAGCAGCAGCAUCAUGGCCAACCGCAGCAGCAAAUGGCACCCACUACUCCCCCGCAUUAUAGUUUGGACUUUUUGCACUACGUUGGCAUGCGAAUGUCUACCGCUAACGGAACUAGUCAGUCUGUGAAUGCAUCCUCGGCAGCCGCUUCCGCGCUUUUACGUGCCAAUCCACAUUUUAACUACAAUCAUUUCAACCAACAGCUGCAACAGCAACAGUUGAUACAUCAACACCAACAGCAACAACAACAACAGCAGCAGCAGCAACAGCAACCGUUUCAGCAUCUGCAAAGGCACUAUCCAAAUUUUUACAACUGUGAUGAACUGUUGCUUCAGACUUCCGGUGUGGCCGAUCCAAUGUACACUAAUUUCAGCGUUUCGGAUCACUUGGCCAGUGGCGGCAGUAGUGUCACAACCUUAACUGCUGCGGGGACGGGUGGUAACAGUGCAAAUGAUUCCGGAAUGGCAUAUUGCUAUUCGCAAAAUCAUCAGCACCACCAUCACCAGCAACAGCAGCAGCAGCAGCACAAUCAUUCUACGCAUCAACAGCAUCACCCGCACCACCAGCAGCAGCAGCAGCACCAUCAACAGCAACAACCGUUCAGCAAUGGCGGUGGUUUCCAUCAGAACAACAACUACCAGCAGCACAAUCGGAAUUACGGACGGGCUUUGCCAGGAGGCGGCGGACAUCUCCAAAAUGGCGGCGGUAAGAAAACGUGGAACAGCAGCUGGUCGAACGGCAAGAAAAUCAUUCACGGAAAAUACGGCAACAAGGGUUCCGGCUACAAUUAUGGCUAUCGCAAGAGUUAUAACUACUACAACAAUAAUCACUACGGUGGUGGUCAUCACUAUGACCAUAACCAGAAUCAACAGCAAUCGGAAGCCCUUCGCAAUCUGAUCUACAUCAAGGGCUACAACAGUGGUCAGCGGGCACCCGGAAGCCAUGACAGCACAAGCCGGUCACCUACGCCCAGUCCACAGUCGGCGAGUCCCACCAUCGAAGCGACCGAGGCAAGUCAAACGACUGUUCCCACCCGGAGUGCACUUCAAGAUGAACGUUCCGACAGUGGAAUCGAAGAAGCCGUAAACAAACACAAGAAAUCGGGCACCGUUCCGAGUUCUUCGUCUUCCUCGUCCUCGAUGGUGUCGAUUCCGUCGACGGAUUCUUCCACCAUCUCGGCGUCAGCUGCGCAGAAUCUCAGUUUGGAACUGGACUGCGGAAAUGGACAGGGCUACGAAUCCGACUCUUCACAUUCCUCUAGCUACAAAAGUAACACCUACCGACAUCGAAAGUACACCAACGGUGGUCAGGUUUACCGGUCUUCCUCGUCCACUUCUUCGGGUGUUUCAUCGACAGCCACUUUUCCGCCGCUCACCUCGGACUAUUGUUCGAUGCCGUCAUCGUCUGCGUCCGCCAACAACACACCUACGGCAAUGACUGCUCAAAUGACAGAUUUCUUUUUGCGAAGUCAGAGUUAUCACGGUUCACAUCAGAACCUGACGGCAGUCAGUGCGAGUACUAGUCCCAAUCCACCGGAUUCACCCAUCAGUACACCUCGCUCUAUGAUCGGAACGCAAUCCAUGCCAAUGUUCAGUGAACUAUUUACUGGAAAGCAGCAUCAUCAAGUACAACAACAACCACCGCACUCUCACCAACAAAAGCAGCAACGAAGUCAGCCAAGCUCGCACUACGGCAGUGACAACUCGCUGGAACUGGCUCUGCCAACGGGAAACGAAAGCUCGGGAGCGGCAUCGACCAGUUCCAACAACAGUAAUAGCAGCAUUGCUAGUCACGGUGGAAGCAGUGGUUAUGGAAGUGCUCCAGCGUCUACGGUGCCGCCCAACGAGGUUCACUCGAUGCAGAGCGGACAUCCGAAGAAACGCUACUCCGGUCGCACAUCACCUGUUCCGCAUGCCGCUUUCCAAAAAGCAAACCGACCACCAAGUGUAAGUGUUUCCGGCAGUACAACAGCUUCUAGUCAACAAUCCAGUCCGACGGCAUCUAACCGGAAUGCUCAGCAACCAGCCGCUAAUGCCGCCACAUCCCCAGCAGCUUCACAACCAAUGCCAGCUGCGCCCGUAAGCCCGAUCGCCAAUGGGCCAUUUAUGUAUCCUUUCGAUGGUGUCAAUAUGCACACACCGGCUGAUCGGUUUUUGGCUCGAGCUCACCUGGUAGAACUAACUUCGCCACCGGCUGAAUUGGCACCGAGUGGAAGCAAGUACGGUCCACUGUCGACAGCCAUUUGGGAGAAAUUCGCCGCCGCUCAGCAAACGCAGGACAAGUUCGUCCAGAAGAUCCAUCUCUGGAGGUAUCUGUUCAUGUGCAUUAGGGUGACAUUUCCGCGUUUCAGUCUGUAUCUGGUUGGUAGUACCAUCUCCGGGUUCGCUUCUGACAGUUCCGAUGUGGAUAUGUGCUUGGUAUGCCGAACCAACAACGUUUCGUUCGAUAUGCGAGGGGAAGCACUGGUCCAGUUGGGUCAACUGAAGAACUACUUUAUGAACAUAAGCACGUACUUCGAGGAAUUCAGUGUCAUCCAAGCCAAGGUGCCGAUUCUGAGGUUCCGAGAUUCCAUCAACUCGAUCGUUGUGGACUUGAACUACAACAAUUGCGUUGGCAUCCGAAACACCCACCUGCUGUAUCUGUAUUCGCAAAUGGAUUGGCGCCUGCGACCGUUGACAUUGGUCGUCAAACUGUGGGCCCAGCAUCACAAUAUUAACGAUGCGAAGAAUAUGACCAUUUCUAGCUACUCGCUUGUACUUAUGGUGAUCCAUUUUCUGCAGUACGGAGUGAGCCCUCCGAUAUUGCCCUGCUUGCAUGCAAUGUAUCCGGAUAAGUUUCUGCGAAUGUCAGAUAUCAGCACGUUGGAUCUUACGGAAACGGUGGAACCUUACAAAAACGAUAAUUCCGCAUCUUUGGGCGAGCUUUUCGUGCAGUUCUUGGAGUAUUAUGCCAACUUUGAUUAUGCGCACUAUGCCAUCUCGGUACGGACGGCUUCGGUGAUUUCGAUCGAAAGUGCACGUGUAGCGCGAAGCUACAAAAACGAUCCUCACCAUUGGCGGCAGUUGUGCAUAGAAGAACCCUUCGAUCUGACCAACACGGCUCGGUCGGUGUUCGAUGCGGACAUUUUCGAGCAAAUCAAAUCCGUGUUUUCCACCUGCUGGCAACGGCUGAAGGAUACGAACGAUCUCAGUUCGAUCUUCGAGUGUGAGCCACUGUUCAUACCGGUGGCUUCGGCGCUCUCAAUCACGUCAUGAUCGCUGCCAUUGGCGAUCCAAUUUGUUGCUGCAGUUUGUGGCGGUUGACUUGCGCGUUCCGAUGCAACUCACCUGAUUGCUGAUGGAGAAGGUGAGCUUCAAAAGACUGAUCACUAUACUAUUAGGAAGAAAGGAAACAAACAAAAAAUGCUAAACCAUGCGUUCAAUCAACCAACUCGGUGGUGAUGAGUGUGCGUUCGCAUUAUUAAUCCUCGCACGGUUUGGUGAGGAUGCCGGGGGGGACCACACCUACACAUAUCAUCGGCUAUUGUGGCCGAUAUCACCCCCGCCCCAUGUGUGAAUGUAGGCAAACCAGCAAACAGUUAUACAGGCUGGCACGUACUUUAGCUGCAAGCAAUGAAACUAAAAAGGCAUUAACCAGAGUCAACAAAAAUGGCAAAAAUGUGUUCAUUUUAUCGCCAGUCGAAUUGUGCGAGUGUGUGACCCGAACGAUAGAGUGCGCUGUUUGUGUGAGUGCUAACGAAAGUCACUAGAAUUUUAAGGUCAGUUUUGCGACCUCCGCCGAUCGCGUUCUAGGCCCUAGAAAUCGGCGGAACGCUAUAUCAUGAAAUGAUCUCUUUAAUUAUUACGUUUUUCUGUGCCAUCGGUUUUUUGUUGUUUUGUACAUUUGUACACUCGUAACGUACGCGGAAAGUUUUUCGUUUAUUUUUUUUUGCGACUGAAGGGGGGCAACCCUGGAGAGAUGCUCAAUGUGAGGGGACCAAAUGGUUAUAGAAACCCAGAAAACUGCUUACAGAAAGAAUCUUCCCCCGCAUAGUUAGCAAACCAGCAACAAGUAGCAGUCCGGAUAUACAUACAUACAGAUAUAUUUUCUCCUUUCGCCUCUAGUAUUAACUCUCGGUAGACUUGAAUCAAAUACUCUUUCUAGCUAGUGCAGGCUUUACACAUACACAAAGAAAGCUAAAGGACUAAAAAGGAAACUGAAAGAUCCUAAAAGUAAUAAUAUAUAGAAAGAAAGUAGGAAAACGGCUAAAAGAGAUACAAUAAUUCAGUGGGCGAAACAAAGACAAAGUUUGCAAACACGAAAUGAAUACACUUUUUAAGGGUUCAUUUUUAAAACGAAAAAAAAAAAAAGAUUUAUAUUAGAGAUGAAAAAACACGGCUGUGAAAAUUAAGAAAUUUAAAUUAUUAUUACAAAAAAAAAGAGUGAAGCAAAACUUAAGAAAACUAAUUAAAGAUAUAUUUUUAGAUUUAAU